AUGGACGCGGUGGCGGCAAAUAAAGUGGACAAGACCCUCUCCUUCUCCGAGCAUGAGGGGGGCACUGAGGGCGACACGGACGGCAUCGACAUGGGCCCUGCCCUCUGCCUCAUCAGGCACACCCUGGCGAUGGCGGACACGCACUCCCUGCAGCUCGGCGCCGUGACAAGCCAAGUCUGUCACCUACAGAUCAGCGAGGAAGACGCCAGGGACAAGACCAAGCAACUCUUCUCCAACACCCCGGUCUAUGUUGUUGGCCGGGCGCCUCCCCGCUCCAAGACCCCGAUAUUGGGGCCUAUUGGUGGCCGCUGGCAGCCCCCAGACCGUGAGAAGGCGUACCCAUAUUUGCUUACUAAAUUCCGUAGUCGCCGGAGCAGAUUCAUCGUGUUUAAUGAUUGA